CAGCACACCUUCAGAUGGAGAUGAAGUAACAUCGGUGACACAGCUACAGAAGGACGACAGCGACCGAACCGCGGAUUCCGGACGUGUACUUUUUUUUUUCUUCCACCUUCUCGCUCUCCCUUCAGGUUUGGGGAGGGGGACAAAACAGGUGACUGAGCCACAUCGACCGGCCGGGAGGGUCCACCCGGUGAAAGCGUAAAAAAAAAAAAAAAAAAAAAAAAAAUUAGCGUGAUCAACCUCGCGCACCUUACUACUUCCAACUACAUGCAUUUGGACCUGAACAUCUGAAGCCUCGUCCAACCAAGAUGGAAAAUGCGCACACUAAGUCUGCGAGCGAAGUUUUAGAGAACUUCAGCGUGAACGAAAUCACCGGACUGACCCUGGAGCAGGUCCACGCCAGUCUGCAGAAAUAUGGACCGAACGAGCUCCCAGCCGAAGAAGGGAAAUCCUUGUGGGAGUUGGUGGUGGAGCAAUUUGAGGACCUCCUGGUCAGGAUCCUGCUGCUAGCUGCCUGCGUCUCCUUUGUGUUGGCUUUGUUUGAAGAGGGAGAGGAAACUACCACCGCCUUUGUAGAGCCUCUUGUUAUUCUGCUUAUCCUCAUUGCCAACGCUGUUAUUGGAGUAUGGCAGGAGCGGAACGCAGAGAGCGCCAUCGAGGCUCUGAAGGAGUACGAGCCGGAGAUGGGGAAGGUGUACCGCAUGGAUCGCAAGGCCGUCCAGAGGAUCAAAGCCAGAGACAUAGUCCCCGGAGACAUAGUGGAGGUGGCAGUUGGGGACAAGGUGCCUGCUGACAUCCGAGUGACCUCGAUAAAGUCCACUACUCUACGAGUGGACCAGUCCAUCCUUACAGGGGAGUCUGUGUCCAUCAUCAAACACUCUGACCCGGUUCCUGACCCCAGAGCUGUGAACCAGGACAAAAAGAACAUGCUGUUUUCUGGCACCAACAUCGCCGCAGGCCGCGCCAUCGGCGUCGUCGUCGCUACGGGCGUCAACACCGAGAUCGGUAAAAUCCGCAACCAGAUGGCAUCCACGGAGCAGGAGAAGACGCCGCUGCAGCAGAAGCUGGACGAGUUCGGCCAGCAGCUCUCGAAGGUCAUCUCCCUGAUCUGUGUGGCCGUGUGGGUCAUCAACAUCGGCCACUUUGGAGACCCCGUCCACGGCGGCUCCUGGGUCCGGGGGGCGAUUUAUUACUUCAAGAUCGCCGUUGCUUUGGCUGUGGCCGCCAUCCCUGAGGGCCUGCCCGCCGUCAUCACCACUUGUCUGGCCCUGGGCACGCGUCGCAUGGCCAAGAAGAACGCGAUCGUCCGCAGCCUCCCGUCAGUGGAAACCCUGGGCUGCACGUCUGUCAUCUGCUCUGACAAGACGGGGACCCUCACCACCAACCAGAUGUCUGUCUGCAGAAUGUUCGUUACAGACAAGGUGGAGGAUUCAAGCUGCACCUUGCACGAGUUCUCCAUCACUGGUUCUACAUAUGCCCCCGAGGGACAAAUACUUAAAGGGAACAGACCCGUCCAGUGCGGGGACUAUGACGGUCUGCUGGAGCUGGCCACCAUCUGCUCCAUGUGCAACGACUCCUCGCUGGACUACAACGAGAGUAAAGGGGUUUAUGAGAAGGUGGGGGAGGCCACUGAGACGGCCCUCACCACUCUGGUGGAGAAGAUGAACGUCUUUAAGACCGACCUGUCAGGACUCACCAAGGUGGAGCGCGCCGGUGCCUGCAACUCGGUAAUCAGGCAGCUGAUGAAGAAGGAGUUCACUCUGGAGUUCUCCCGUGACCGCAAGUCCAUGUCCGUCUACUGCACUCCUGUCAAAGCAGGCGCCCAGAGCAAGAUGUUUAUUAAGGGUGCUCCUGAAAGCGUGAUGGAGAGGUGCGACUACCUGCGUGUGGGAACGACAAAGGUUGCCAUGACGCCAGCCCUGCGCGAGCAGCUGAUGUGUAAGAUCAGGGAGUGGGGGACGGGUAAGGACACCCUGCGCUGCCUCGCUCUGGCCACCCACGACACACCGCCGCGCAAAGAGGACAUGGACUUGGAGAACUCCAGCAAGUUCGCAGAAUACGAGAUGGGCCUGACGUUCGUCGGCUGCGUUGGCAUGCUGGACCCGCCCAGGAAGGAGGUGAUCGGCUCGGUGAAGCUGUGCAACGAGGCCGGCAUCCGCGUCAUCAUGAUCACGGGAGACAACAAAGGCACGGCCGUGGCCAUCUGCAGACGCAUCGGCAUCUUCGGCGAGGAGGAGGACGUAAAGGGGAAGGCGUACACGGGCCGCGAGUUCGACGACUUGACGACCGAGGAGCAGAGAGAGGCGGUGAAACGCGCCCGGUGCUUUGCCCGCGUCGAGCCAGCGCACAAGUCCAAAAUAGUCGGAUACCUGCAGUCGUUCGACGAGAUCACAGCCAUGACGGGAGACGGCGUGAAUGAUGCCCCGGCCUUGAAGAAGGCAGAAAUCGGCAUCGCCAUGGGCUCCGGCACGGCAGUGGCUAAGUCUGCGUCUGAGAUGGUGCUGUCCGACGAUAACUUCUCCACCAUCGUGGCUGCAGUGGAGGAAGGCCGGGCCAUCUACAACAACAUGAAGCAGUUCAUCAGAUACCUCAUCUCCUCCAACGUGGGAGAAGUCGUGUGCAUCUUCCUGACAGCCAUCCUGGGUCUCCCCGAAGCGCUGAUCCCCGUCCAGCUGCUGUGGGUGAAUCUGGUGACCGACGGGCUUCCUGCCACCGCCCUGGGCUUCAACCCCCCAGACCUGGACAUCAUGGACAAACCGCCCCGUAACCCAAAGGAGCCGCUCAUCUCUGGCUGGCUCUUCUUCAGAUACCUCGCCAUUGGAGGAUAUGUGGGCCUUGGAACAGUGAGCGCAGCCACAUGGUGGUACCUGUUUGAUGAAGAGGGCCCUCAGGUGUCUUUCUACCAGCUGCGACACUUCAUGCAGUGCACAGAGGACAACCCGAUGUUCAAGGACAUCGACUGCGAGGUGUUUGAGUCCCGCUACCCCACCACCAUGGCGCUGUCGGUGCUGGUCACUAUCGAAAUGUUCAACGCCCUCAACAGUUUGUCUGAGAACCAGUCCCUGCUCAGGAUGCCUCCCUGGGUCAAUAUUUGGCUGCUGGGAGCCAUCAUCCUGUCUCUGUCCCUCCACUUCCUGAUCCUGUACGUCGAGCCUCUGCCGCUGAUCUUCCAGGUGACCCCUUUGCGCUGGUCCCAGUGGAUCAUGGUCCUAAAGAUUUCCAUUCCUGUCAUCCUCCUGGACGAAGCACUGAAAUAUAUGUCCAGGAACCAUUUAGAAGCAUAAAUUUUUAUCUCACCUUCUGUGAAAAGAUGACGAGGAGAAGAAAUAUCGGCGGAGAUGGCAGCAGAACUAAGACCUCUCCCUUGUCGCAUUCGCAUAGUUAGACACACACACACACAGCUACACUCUCCCUUUUUAUGAGCUAGGAACCUUUUCUCUCCCCGGCCCUCGUUCCCCCCCACCCCCGCAUGUCCAAACACGGCGCCGCUGAAAAAAACGACCUGAGAGAAACGGAGAGAGGGUUUAUGUUCCGGCUCGGUACGAGUGUUUAGGGGGUUGCGUGUGUCCGAGUGUGUGCUUGCAAAUGCACGACUUUUCUUUUUUUAGCUGCGAGGAUGAGAAACGACUGCAGAAAAAAAACAGCAAGAAAAGAAAGAGGAUAAAACGGCCUUGGGCUUCUUAACACCAUUUCUGCUCAUUUGCUCUUUUUCACUGUACAGUACAAACAGAGAGGUGCAGAAAUUAUCUUGAGGGAGGGAAAGGGGUUUUGUGUGGAGGGGGGAGGAGGGGAACUUCAUACUAAUUCAACACAGAGUCUGAAAGAGAGGUAGAGAGACUAUACACAUAGAGAGAAAAGACGAGGAGAGGCAGGACCUGGAGGUUGAGUGUGCGUGGGAGAGCCACCGUGUUCAUGUCCCGCAGCCCGCCGCUGCCACCACCCACACAGCUGCAGGAGCACGGUCUCAUCAACAACUCCCAGUUCGUCUUCGCCGUUUGUGUGUACGCUUCAAGCAAACUCUUCCUAGGGUUCCCCUCGUCUACAUCCUCUCUCUCUCUCUCUCUUUCUCUUUCUUAUGCUCUGUUUGAGGAGGCAGCUUUGAGCCUCAGGUUGGGGUCCAUUUUUGGGUGGCUGGGGUUGGGGUCAAAGGUGUGAAUAGCUUUAUGCUGCUUUAGCUGCUUCUAUCAGCUCUUGACUCGAGGAGCUGAGGUCAGCCGACGCGCCGGGCAAAACGGAACGAUCCCCAGCAAAGCUAAAUUUAAAAAAUACAAGUCCUAGCCUUAAAUCUGCUUCAUUAAAAUCAUCCACACAACGUCCGUCCGUCUGUCCGUAAACAUUUUCACAGCUGCCAAACUGACUCUUCUACAUUAAAAACAGGAAGAAAUAGACCAUCAGGUUAGCAGAGGAGCUAAGUGUGUUAGCCUUUGAUAUCGAUUAGCUUAGCUGAAGAGGCACUAAUCAGACUUUUGUGCCAGAUGUUUGACGUCUGGGUUUGUUUGUAAAGCUUUACCUACCAAAACCAAAAUUUCCCAGUUCAAAUUUCUGUUCAACAAAAAGAUAUAGGGUGUUCAGUUCUAGCUAGCUUUAUUCUAGUUUAUAUUAGAAAUGGAGGUGACAUCGCUGACUACAGAUGUUUUAAAACAAAGACAAACUCAUUAAAUAGCUAACAUUGACAAACUCAUUACAAAGCUAACAUUUUCCAUAUUUCGUUAGCGGCUAUCAUAGCUAGCUUGUGUGUGUUAUAGAGAAGCUGAACCCUGACGUCCAAAAUUUUGUAUCUUCCAUGACAGCUACAAGUGGAAAGCAAAGCAAAUAUAAAAAUGGAAAAACUUCAACAUAUUCUGCUCAGGAUUCUUGUUUUCUGCUGAAAGUCUUGCUCUCGAGUCGACAUUUUUGAAUUUCCAACAAGACUGGUAAUUCAAGUCUUGUUGACUUGAAUUACCAGUUCAACAAGAACUGGUGCCAGUGGGAUGGGAAUUGGGCAGUUUCAGUCACCAGACAAUUUUCUCCUCAGUUCAUCUGUAGUUUAAGUGAACAAAUAACUCUGCAGGCGAUCAUAAGCUGUAAGAAUAAGAUCUCACCAAAGAGAUAAAACAUUAACGUUUUGCUGCAAGCUUUCUCCUCUGCAGCUUUAUUGAGAUAAAUUAGUCUUAUGUGAAAAAAAUCUAAAUAUACCCCAUUUUUUUAUGAGUUAAACUGAUUGAAUGUCUCCACUUUGCACUAUGUGAAGCGUCCGUGUCUUAUAAAGCCCACUGCACAUCCAAAAUAAUGAUGUGGCCCUAAUGAAUGUGUCGCCAUGGAGCUUUUCCCCCCUCCUCGCUGUGAGCGAAUGAACGUCCGCUCGCCCCGCGUUCUGCUUCCUCAGCUCCGCUCGCUCUCUCAGCGCUUUUGCGGUUUACUCACAGAUUUUUUUUUUUU